AUGAAAGAUCUUCAAGAUCCUCCACUUUCAUCUUCACAGCAGUCACCUCUGCAGCUGGGGCUGCCAGACAAAGGGCUCCCUCUACCACUGAUCUUAUGCGCAGCAUGGCCCGACCUCGAUCUUUUGCCCGGCAUUGCGGGUAUCGUCGCACUCGAAAACCUGUGUGAGGGCUGGAGACUCAUGUGGCGUCGCUCCCUGCGGGAGACACAACAGAAAACUCAAAGCGGCCAGAGAGAAAAACGCAUUUUUGACCUUUCAACACUGCUUUUGGCUCUGGAAGUUCGGCUGAUCCGUCAGUUUUGCGUAAAGUUGGAAAAAGAGUCCGGAGAGUCUGGCUUGGAGCAUCCGAGCUGCUUUCGACUCACCGAAUGCCUGGCGCACCACAAGCCACGAAGACUACAGCAUGACAAGCGCUGCAUAAGGCGCUUCUCUGAAACUCAGGCCCCGGCGGCAUUCUGCAUGCUGCUGGCCACCGCCUUGAGGUCUUCAGAGCGGACGUGUCCUCAGUGCAACUCAACAUGCUUGGUGGGCCGUGGGCAGAGGUUUUUCUGA